AUCCUGGCUAGCAAAAGAGGACAAUAUUUCUUUAACAAAGGUUUCACUUUCACCCCAACUCGUCCUUCUUUCAUUUGUUCCUUGAUUACUUUAAUUGCUGGUUUCUGAGAAGGAAAAAGAGAAGCAAAAAUUUCAGAUUUUUCAGCAAAGAAGAAAGAUGGGUAUUGGGUUUGCAUCUUGGAGCCUCUUCUUGAUCCAUCUACUAAUCUUUAUGUGUGUUCAUGGAAGUGGUGUCCGGGAAUUAACCAGAAAACACUCAGAAGAGAUUCAUGCAAUGGAUGAUCAUCCCGUUAAGCAAGACCAUGAUAUUCAUGAUCAAGAUCAAGGAACACAGAGAGAGCAUGUUCAUGCUCAUCCUUCUUCCCACAUGGAUGACAUGGACCCUUCCUCAAAGGUCUUCUUCACCAUGAAGGAUCAAAUGGUUGGAGAAACAAUGCCUAUAUAUUUCCGUAAGCGAGAUUUUUCAACUUCUCCUCGCUUGCUGCCUAGAGAAGAAGCCGACUCCAUUCCCUUCUCAUUAAAACAACUUCCAAACAUUCUUGAGUUCUUUUCAUUCUCUCCAGACUCUCCCCAAGCCAAAUCCAUGGAAUAUACCCUCCGACAAUGUGAGACUGAACCCAUCAAAGGAGAGACCAAAAUCUGUGCCACUUCCAUGGAAUCCCUACUUGAUUUUACACGUGGGAUACUGGGGUCGAAUUCCCAUUUCCAAGUUCUGACCACUUCCCACCUCACCAAAUCAAACACCCUUUUCCAAAACUACACUUUCCUGAAAAUGCCCGAGGAAAUCCCAGCUCCCAAGAUGGUAGCAUGUCAUAAUAUGCCCUACCCGUACGCAGUUUUCUAUUGCCACAGCCAAGCAAAAGAGACCAAGGUGUUUAAGGUUGCCCUUGGUGGUGAGAAUGGAGACAUGGUGGAAGCUGUUACUGUUUGCCACACGGACACCUCUCGCUGGAGCCAUGAUCAUGCGUCAUUUCGCGUGCUUGGGAUUAAGCCAGGGACGCCCAACGUGUGCCAUUUCUUCCCUGCAGAUAAUCUUGUCUGGGUUCCAAAACCCAUGUCGAUUUAGAAUUUAUUAUGUAUCUGAUGUGUGGUUGUUUUAGUCCUAAUAAACAAUACUGGGACGCAUGAGCCUAGCUAGUAGAAUAAUGUUAAUCUAUGAAGGCCAAGGUGAUCAUUUCAUGUAAUAUAUAAUAUAUAUAUAUAUAUAUAAUCUACAGUUUGCAGUGUGA